CUUGCCGUAAGUUAUUGAACGUGUCCGUCAGAUGGAGAGCUCUGAAGUGUGAUUACAUUUUGCUCGUGUGUUUUUUUUUUCUGUUCCUUUGCUUCGGUCCCGGUGUGCCGUCGCGUAUGUGUAUGUGUCUGUAUACACGACUGUCUUGCGAGAUUGUUGUGUGAGUUCUGUUUUGGUAUCUCUGGUUGGACUGUGGAAUACGGUAUCUAAUACGAGCGGUAUUACGGAAAUUUUCAUCCCUUGGCGACGGAAGUUGGAUUCAUUCCACGAAACGGGUGCGGUGGCAGAAAACCGAAUUCAAAAUGGAUACUUACGUCAAGAAUUUGCUGAACGGCUGGAAUAUGUCAGAGCUCAUCAAAGUAUUUCAAGAGGAAGAAAUCGAUGAAGGCGCGUUCAAGUGUUUGAAAUACGACAUGAUUAAGGAGAUAAUCCCGAAGGUGGGCAAACGGGCCAAGUUUGUGCAAAAGUACGAGGAAUACAAAGAGAAUCUAACGGAACGGCCGGCGUUUGGCGAGCUGCAGCUGGAUGAGAAGGACAAAACCUCCGCCGCCUCGCAAAAGUCCUCCAGCAUCAACUGGUCCCGGAUCGAACGGGUGUGCGGCUCGGUACCGACCUACCUCAAAAACCUGCUGAAAAUGUGCGGCUACGAACAGGAGAGUGCCCUGCGGAACCUCAACGACGACGACUUCGUCGAUAUGGAACGCUUCGCUCGGGAAGAACUGAUACAUCUGGUCCCGCAGACGCAGUUCUACUUUCACAUAUUUUGCACCGAUCCUGCGCGGGAAUUCCGAUUGGUGCCGGGUCAUCGGAAGCUACUGCUACAGAUGAGUGCCUACCUGAACUACACCAAUGCGGCCAACGAGCUGCAACGGGCUGAUCCCAUGGUAAACCACCGGACAGAACGACCCCAACCGCCACCACCAGCACCACCACCACAGGAAAGGCUGGAGCGGAUCGAGCGCGUAGAAAAGCCCGAACGAAUCGCCGACAUCAAUCUGGUGCGGGAAAUACGCGAACAGCGAGCCCUGAUGCAGCAGCUGCAGAUGCAGCAGCACCAGCAGCAGCAAGAACUGGUCAACCAAGCCUCGGAGAUGCUCCAGGAACACAUACCGGACAUCAAGAUUGCCUCUACCAAAAACCCUCCAUUUGCUUUCGAGCAAGCCACCGUCUACCCUCCACUAAGCGACGAAGCUCGAGUCAAAAAGAUCCAAAACAUCAUCAUCAAGCUGAUCGAAAUGUGGAGCGAUAAGCAACCGAUCAAGCUCACUCUCACCGAAGAAAUGAUCAACGUCACCUACGAACUCAACGGCUACAAUGCCUUCAUCAAGUGUCCGAUGUGCGCAGUACAAAUCAAGGUGUCCAAACUGCCCACCAAGAAGGGGGACCGUUUCGUGAUCUCAAACUUUUCCAAACACGUCAUCAAGAUGCACUUUUCGCAGCAGCAACAGCAACAGCUCUCUCAAUCUCAGCAGCUGAACGAUAGCAGUCGGUCCAGUUUGGAGAACGCCGGGUUCUUCGGUGGGGAGAACUCGGACAGCAACAACUACCCGUACGACGAGUUCAGCAUCAAACGGGCGCGGCUCGAGGACGAAGACGAGGAUGAACACGAGAUUCCGCCGCACAUGCUGCAUCCUUUCGUGAGCAUCAAGGACGAGGUGAUCGAUCUGGAUGCGUAGUAGUGCUUGGCGAGAAGACUUGAUAGAACAAACAAUUGUACUCUGGUAUACUGAAGAUAAUAGCUAAUUGAUGUGUUACAAGAACAAGAGCUGAACUCAGUAGGAUUUAGUUUUACGAAUAUUUAUGCAUUACUUUACUGAGAAGACGGAUGUGUUUUUUUUUUCUCUAGUAGAUUUAAGUCAAUUUCGUUACUGGUUAAGUUUAGGUAGAGCAGCAUAGCAUUCAAAAGACUUUAUAUUUUAUUCCCUUGUUGAGGAGAGAUUUAGUUUAGGGUUAUGCUGUGUACAAACUGAUGGCUGAUAGGUUUAGCGCGUAGCAGCGAAUUCCAACAUUACACGACAUUUAUCAUUGAUUCCAUUUUAUCAUCUUCCAGCCGUGAAUAAAACAUGUGCUCCUGUUUCAUGUAAA